AUGUACAAGACAUAUAAAAUCGACGUGUUUACCGGGGGCAAGAGCAGCGACGUUGGCACUCGAUACGAGAUCACUGGACCAUACUGCAAAGCCUUCAACGCCAAGGAUACAAGCGUUUGUUCCAGCACCAAGUCCGUGGGAGGUCCUUGGAAUUUUGAUAUUGCCAAAUGGGCCCACGAGUGGGAUGUUGGAAAGUAG